AUGUCCCCCGUUCACGUGCAGAUCACCACGGCGUCGCUGGUCCCGUUCGCGGCCAUCCUGGCCAUCACGUAUAUGGGUGCGACGCGGCACAUCCUGCCGCGCCUCAGCCGGUCGCACGACGAGUCCCUGGACGGGGAGGAGCACGUCCUUCCGCACCACGCGCCCGAGGCGCUGCGGCAGGCGCACGCGCAGCACGGGGCUCGGAGCGGGGCGCGGAUCCUGACGGAGCGGCUGUUCGGGGUCACGCUGGCGCUGGCCUCGGCGCUGGCCGCGCUGAUCCUCGCCGAGAUCCUGGGGGUGGCGGACCCGACGGCGCGAACCCUGGCGCUCGGGUGGACGGUGCGGUCGCUGCUGGUGCUGCUGGUGGCCGUGCUGCCGUGGAUGGAGUGCGGGAGCCUCCUGAGCGCCGCCGGGUGGCGCUUCCGACGCGGGAGCGGCGGCAGGGCCCCCGGGACGGCGCGGACGCUGCAGACGGUCCUGUUCGUCCUGUGGCUCGUCGUCUUCGGCAUCAUCGGCGGCGUCGUGCCCGACGGGGGCGGAGGCGGUCCCGUCACGGCGGCGGAGAUCGCCGCCACCUCGUCCUCGUCCUCGUCUGCGGCAAGGAAGCAGCUGCGGGGGGACGGCCGGAUGGGCAUCGUGGCCCUGGUCGACAUGCUCACCACGGCGUGCCUGGAGCGCGUGGGCGUAGUGGGGAUAUGCCUCAUGGCUCUGCUGGCCGGGUCCGCCGCCGUGUCGACGCCGUGGUACACGUUUGGCGACGCGCGGCGGCGGGGCAGGCGCGGUCCCCUCACCGACGCCGACAUUGCGCGCCGGGAGGAGGGGCUCGACGCGGUCAGGGAGAUGCUCACGGCCAAGAGGCACCGUAUGCAGGCGCUGAGCAGGCGCGCGGCCGAGUCGGCCGGCACGGCGGCACCGCCGGCCAAGAAGACCGGCUUCAUACGGUCCAUGAUGCGCGGCGGUGGCAAGUCCGGCGCGGACGAGGGCGAGGUGCGCUCGCUGCGCGUCGAGAUUGCCGGCCUCGAGGCCAUGGAGGCGAACCUGGCGUCCAGCCUGACCGCCGCGCGCGGCCAGAUGGACGCCGAGCAGCGUUCGUCGACUCGUCUGGGUCGCGCGCUCCUCGCGCCCAAGUACGUCUUCUGCUGCUACUGCCUGUACCGCAUCCUGGCCACGUGGGUGACUACAUUCCGUCGAAUCACCUCUUCUUCUCCUCCUCCUUCCCCUUCUUCCCCUUCUUCUUAUUCAUAUUCCUUGCCGACGUCGCUGUUCAACGACGGCGGCGGCGGCGGCAGCAGCAGCAGCAGCAGCAGCAGCAGCAGUUUCUCGUCGACCGAUCCGAUCAACCGCUUUCUGGGCCUGGCAGCACGUCACUGGGACCCUAACCUGGACCAGAUAGCCUGGUCCCGCACCUUCAGCUUCCUCCUGAGCGGGGUGAUGCUCCUCCUCAGCGCGAGCAGCGUGGUCCAGACGCUGGGCCUGUUCUCGCGGUGGGCCCCGCCCGUCAUCCAGCGCCGCGCCCAGGCCUCCCUCGCCCUCGCCGUCGGCCACGUCGCGGCCACGUACGUCAUAUCGUCGGCCCUCCUGCUCAGGAGCCACCUGCCGCUCGAGGUGAGCAGCGACGUCACGGGGGCCCUGUUGGCCAGGGGGCCCGCCACCGGCGGGAACGUCAUCUCCGACGCUCCCCCGAUCAUGACGCCGGCCUUUGCGGACGGCUGGUUCGAGGCCUGGUUCCUCGUCGGUGCGGCCGUCACGGCCCUGGGUAUAUGGAUUGGGAGGACUGUGGCUGGGCCCGAAGAGGAUGACUAUGACCAUGAGGUUGGGCAGAAGAGGUUGUGA